AAAACCUGCAAUUCAUACAUUGAACAUUUCCGUUCCAGCUUCCUAUAUAGUACACAUUGCAAUACUCGAGGACAAGAAAGAAGACAGUAACUGCACUAUAACUAUUGCUGUCGAAUGCAAUGCCCGAUUGCACUGCUGACUUGUAGCGGCUGCAGCCUUAUUAUAAGGGGACUGACUCGCGUCCCGCGCCAGGUGUGUAUGCGCCGUCACGGGGAUCCGAGCUGCAUCUAUGGAUCGCUUCGAUGGAUGCUUUCAAAUCCAGUUUUAAGAACAGAUUGAUUACCACAGGCUCUACUGCACAACAGCCAAAGUCAGAGAAGGAGGCUUCCCCGGAGGUACCGCUGAGCCUGAAGGAUGGCAUCGCAGCCGUCCCGGCUUCAGCACCAGCGGUGUCUGGAUACUGCACGGCUGUGUUUGACUACGAAGCCAGUGCGGACGAUGAACUUAGCCUGCGGAAGGGGGACGUGGUGGAAAUACUGUCGAAAGAUUCACUAGUAUCGGGUGAUGAAGGAUGGUGGACAGGGGCGAUAGAAGAUCGGGUGGGGAUUUUCCCCAGUAACUACGUUUGCAGUGGCAAUGGCAUCCCUGAAAAGAUACGGGAUACCGCCGUGGAGGAUUAUCCCGACAUAUCAAUGCCACCGUUGCAUCUGCUGGAAAUCGAUUUCUCAGAGCUGGCCCUCGAGGAGAUCAUUGGAGUUGGGGGCUUUGGGAAAGUCUACCGAGCACUAUGGAGGGGCACGGAGGUGGCAGUAAAGGCGGCCCGGCGUGACCCCGAUGAAGAAGUCGGUCAGACGGUAGAGAGCGUGCGCCAGGAAGCCAAGCUGUUCGCCAUGCUUCACCACCCAAACAUCAUGGCCUUGGUGGGAGUUUGCCUGCUGGAGCCCAACCUCUGCCUCGUGAUGGAGUUUGCUCGUGGGGGUUCUCUCAACAGAGCUCUCUCGGGCAAGCGCAUCCCCCCCCACACACUGGUGGACUGGGCCGUACAGAUCGCCCGGGCUAUGAACUACCUGCACUGCCAGGCCAUUGUCCCAAUUAUACACAGGGACCUCAAGUCCAGUAACAUACUGAUUCUGGAAAAAGUGGAAAAGGAUGACUUGACCAAUAAGACCUUGAAGAUCACAGACUUUGGCUUGGCGCGCGAAUGGCACCGCACCACGAAGAUGAGUGCUGCUGGCACGUACGCUUGGAUGGCCCCCGAGGUCAUCCGCUCCUCCACCUUCUCCAAGGGCAGCGACGUGUGGAGUUAUGGGGUGCUGCUCUGGGAGCUGUUAACUGGCGAAGUGCCGUUUCGAGGGAUCGAUGGUCUAGCCGUGGCGUACGGAGUGGCCAUGAACAAACUGGCACUGCCCAUUCCCUCCACCUGUCCCGAACCCUUUGCCCGCCUCAUGGAGGAUUGUUGGAAUCCAGACCCCCAUGCUCGCCCUCUGUUCACCAGUAUCCUGGACCAGUUGACAGCCAUUGAGGAAUCUGGAUUCUUUGAGAUGCCUGUUGAGUCGUUCCAUUCACUCCAGGAUGACUGGAAGCUGGAGGUCCAGGAGAUGUUCGACCAACUGAGGGCUAAGGAGAAGGAGUUGCGAUCGUGGGAGGAGGAGCUGAGCCGAGCCGCAGUGCAGCAGAAGUACCAAGAGGAGGCACUGCGGAAGCGAGAACAGGAACUGGCAGAGCGCGAGAUUCACAUCCUGGAACGUGAGCUCAAUAUCAUCAUCCACCAGCUGUACCAGGAGAAGCCGCGGGUGGAACGUCGGCAGGGCAAAUUCCGGCGGAGCCGCCUAAAGCUGAGGGACGGCAACCGUAUAAGUUUGCCGUCAGAUUUCCAGCAUAAAAUCACAGUACAGGCAUCACCCACAUUGGAUCACCGCCGGAGUUUAAUCAGCAGCAGCUCCAGCCCUCCUACCAGCCCUCCACUGCUGCCCCGCCUACGGGCGAUACAGCUUACCCCUGCAGGCGUUCAUAAGGCGAGGGGGCGGACUUCAGUUUUUCAGCCAGACGAGGAUGACGAGAAGAAAGGCCCACGAAGGAAGAGGAGUGAAAAGACUACAUCAGAGGGCAACAGGCAGAGGUCUAGCAGCGCCCCAAACCUUCGAAGGUCACCCCGGCAUAGUCCCGCUGUGCCAGGCGUUCCCAGUUUGGCAGAAAUGGAAAAUGAAGACGUCUGUUUCACCUCGGAGACUGUGGAAUCUUCCGGCAGUUCCUAUCUUUGCAUCCCAUUCCACAGGGAAGGACACAUUUCACACAGUAAUAAUGUGGACCAAGGAAUCGUGGCCCAAGCCCCCGACAUUUGCUCCGCGAGGCGAAGCCCAAGUGGGGCGCGCCGGACAGAUCUGGUGCUGUUGGGCUGUGGUGCUGUACUAGCUUCCGUGGGGCUGGGCUUUGACCUUAUGGAACUUGGCAGGCCGGAGGAGAGUAGCAAACCACGCUGGGAGGGUUUCUUUCACCGUGCCGGGGGCCAGCGAAGGAGUACCAGUCCCCCUACGCGGAAGCUGUUUCGCUGGGAGAGUCCACUAAAGCCCCCAGCCCCCCUGCAAAAUCAGGCCUUUCCAAACUCCCUCACGUUGUUGUCCCUGUCUUCUGUCUCUGACUGUAACUCCACCCGCUCCCUGUUACGUUCGGACAGCGAGGAGCUAUUGGUCUACAGGCCUGCAUCGCCUCAGCCUCAGGCCUGCCUCGCUCAGGCGGUCCCACUCAAUCCUCUAGUCAACACUCAACUCGAAAGCUUCAAGAGACACCCCCGACAGUCACUCACCCCAACGCACAUCCCCUUCACCCCCAGCGAUUUGCACAGUUUGCACCGAACUCCAUCAGAUGGAGCUAUCAAGAGAGGAUGCCCUGCAACUAAUCAUCAACCACGGCCUAUAGAGGAGACCCCAGAAACCGCAGAUGGAAGCACGAAAGGUAUAAGGCCCAGUGACGCUGAGGUCCCCCGCCUGCCAGACCCCAAUGUGGUCUUCCCUCCCACGCCACGUCGUCGCUGCCCCCCCGAGAGACCCAAAACUUUAGAUUUCCUGGCCCGACCUCGCCCUUUACCUCGCGCCCGCUUCGAGUUCUGUCGGGGGGACUCCACUGAUGGCCAGGACAGAGGAGGUAGACUCAGCACUGGAGAGUCUCCCAGUCACACCUAUAGUGCAGAGUCCCCCACAGCUUUGAGGUCUGAAGGGGCUGUAACAGUCCUCCCCACCCCCAUGAAAGACCCAACGCCAUGUUUAUCACAGAAGUGCAGUAGUCUGCUUGACCAACGAGACGAGAGCCAGCAGCGAGAUGAAACACGCCCCCUCUGCAUGCCCGAGCAAGAUGUGUCGAACGGCUCCCCCUACAGGUCCCAGUUAGAUUACUGGUCCUAACUCAGUCCCAGCCCUUCUGAACCUGCUUGUAUCAAUUUCUCAUAAAAUGACCUACCUUGGGAAGGAGAGAAGGAAAAGGACAUUAUAUUUUUGAAUGUUCCUUCAUAAGCUUACAUAUAUGGACCAUGCUAUGACACUACAAACUGUUAAAUUGAAAUUUUGCCGCCUUUGUUUAAUAACAGAGGUGCAAGAAUGACUCCCCCCUUAGAUAUCAUUUUUUUUGUUCCUAAGUAAUAUCAAUCCUAUGUUCAUCUUCUGUGGUUUGUAUGGUGCUAAUUUCUGGUGUUCUGGUGACGUUUCAGUGGGUAACAGGCACAAAUCUGAAACGCUAAAGAACAAGCUACUGGGAGCAAGACAUUUGGAAAAGAAAAUACUUUAACCAGUUUGUUAAGCUUUUCUGUUUGUACAACAGCUCCCAUAAAUGUGGUUCAUGAACUAGUCCAUGAACGUGAAACUUGAUUCAUAUUAAGUGCUUGGAUUUGGAGCGAAAUGAGGAAAGUGGGGUUUUUUGCCUGCAAACCUCACAGCUCUAUUACACUGGCAAUGCUCUGUAUGUCACACACAUGAAUGUGGGUAUAUUUUACCUUUUAUGUCAUUAGUAUGAGCAAGAACAUUUAAAUGCAGGAUCCGUUAUAUGAAUGUUACCACAGCUGCUAUAAUACGAUCUUCAGUUUUAUUCUGUAUUCUGUACUGUUCCCUGUGUAUUGUAUUUGUCUGCAUUUUAGCAAAUGUACUUUUACAGAGUAUUGAGCCAGUGGGGAUCUGCUGCAUAUACUAAUGCAGGGGCUUCAUAAGACGGGGGAAAGUUAGGACGAUUCCAAGGACCCCUGAGUGACAGGGGGCCUACAAAACUGGAUUUGCCUGGACUGGGGGCCCCAAUAUGAUAUGCCAACAUGGGGCACAAAAUCUCUAGCAACACCCCUAUACCAAUGGCAUGUUAAAAUAUACGUAUGGAAUUCCACACUCAUUUCUUUAGAAUAGAGCAGGGGUCUCCAACUCCGGUCCUGGAUCUUGUAGGUUUCUAUCCUUCCCGUCCUCUGAUGAGCCACACCUGUUCCUGGUGUUUACAUCGGAAGCCAGGAAGGAUAGAAAACCUACUGGACGGUAGCUCUCCAGGACCGGAGUUGGAGACCCCUGGUAUAGAGUAUAGAAUUUCAACAAACAGCGAGUGGCCCAAAAUACAAUUUAGAAAAUCCCAAAGAUUUAUUUUAAAAGCUGUAUACAGGCUGAGAGCAGGGGUCCGAAACUCCAGUCCUCACACGCAGUGUUAUCAUAUCAGCUGAACUCUGAAUGUAUUCACCCCUUUUAAAGAUACCUAUAAAAGGGUAGUUUAUUGAGUAAAGAUAAAUCUGUAGAUUUCAUGUAAACCAUUAGUAGACCUGAGCCCUUGCAGAGUUAAGAACAAAGAACCGAUUCAUUGCAUCUUACUUAAAAUACUGUAAUAAGUUUCAAAUUUCAGAAGGCUGAGGUAAAGGGAACAUCAUUUAAUAUCAUUAUAUUGUAAAGAUAUGAAGUUGCUUUCAUUUUUAAUACUCCACAGAUUUUGUUGUGAAAGGUGUUGAAGUGUUUUGCAUCACAAGAUUAAUUUGAUCAUCGGGGGGGACUAGAGUUGCCAGGUUUCCCAGUCUGUCGAAGUGUAGAUAUCUUCUCAGUAGGUAGAAGUUGUAUAAAUUCAAGUAUUUAACAUUGCAGCUCUGCAUGCAUCUUGUCUAAAGACCAGUGAAAACAGGUCCUGGAGGCGUGUCUUUUUACUGGUUUAAUAUUUAUUUAUGAAAUAUUUGUAUUUAUUUUCUGACUUGCUUUAAACUGUAUUUGAUUACUUUUAUGGAAAUGUUCGGAUAUUCAAAAUAUUGUCAGAAAAGUGUUAAAUACAGCGCUCUUGGAAUCUUAAGAUUCUUUUUAUCAUUUGCAGGAUUCCUAUUGCGAUGGGGAAUAGUGUCUUCCAGGUAGCUGCUACUGUCCUUGGUUUCCAGAAUGCAUCCAAAGUGAACGUGCAGACAGGGGCUGGUAUUCUCUCUUUGGUGUUUUGCAUUGUGUAGGCUAAGUAGCGUUUGAAGAAGAAUAUUGUAAUCUAAAUAAACAUUCAAAGAACAGAUUCAGUCUGAGUAAAAGUAGUGAUGUUUGCAUUAAAUGGAUCAUAGGGUAUGGUUUAUUUUUGUUAAUGCAUUAUAUAUCAUACACUUUACAUAUCAGUCAAUAGAGGGAGACACAUUUUUCUGUGAGAUUUUAAAAUACGGCCUAUUUUUGCAUGUGCAGACAGAAGGGAUCGCAUGAUGGUCCUAACUCAAAACCGGGGUAACCCAAUAUAGAUAAGUAAAUGUAUAUCUUCGUAUCUACAGGUCAGUACAUAUCAGCUUUCACAUUCUCUGUUAUCUACAAUAUAUUGCAAUAUCUGGCAUAAGCAAAUAUUAGUUUAUGUAACCCUACCCCUUACUUCCAUUUAAUGAUAACAAUCCCACAACAAUCUUAUUUCCCGGAUGCUUAUUUUAAAGACAUCAAUGCAUUUUGCCAGGAAUAGCUGUGGACCUUGAAGUGAGGCAGCUUUCUUUAUAAUUAAAAAAAUAAUUAAAAGUACUUUCAAAAGAUGCCUGUUCUCUGACUGUAGUUGGACAUCAUGUCAUCUGUGGUCACCACCCUUAUAAUGUAAAAUAAUGAUCAUAUACAAAAAAUGGUUCUUGUUUUCUCUUUGAGGGGAGUUCUUCCUUGCCACCUUCUGGGAACCUUGGACCCAGGAUUCUGUAAAGCACUUUGUAAAUGAAAGUGAAUUGAAUUUUCUGCAAAGAAAUGAAUUAUGAAUGCAAAUACUGUUGGAAAAUAUCUUUGAUGUAUGAACCAAGUGUAAACUGAAUUUAACAUAUAAAUGAUCUGCUAAGGAGAACUUGUUACAGUUACACCUACUGUUGCGGCUGCAGUAUAUUUGUUAACUUCAUUGUACUCUUCUUGGAUCAAAUAUACUUAAAUUAAAAGCCACAUUAAAACAUAUUUCCACUGAAGUAAGUGGAAACCUAAUUUGAUUAAAUGUGUUUCAGUGAGUUGUGUGCAUUGUAUAGGGGAUGGACAAAAUUAUGCAAACACCACAUGAAAAAGUGCUUCAAAGUAAAUGAAUCACAAUUACAAAGGCAGCUGCAACAAUGAGUCAUAUUAGGUUGAAUGCCAAUUAGGAAGCAUUUAUCAGCUGUAGAAGAAUUUUCACAAACACCAGAACAAAGUGAAAAAGCAUUCCAUGGCCUCUUCAAUCACCGUGGGUGUUUCUCAAUACCAAGAACACAAAGAUCAUACUUAUGAUCUCGGCAAGAUCAGUCUUACUAACUUGCCUCCUAAGAAUAAACUUUGAACACAGUAAAUCAUGGGGCUGUUCUAGUUUGGCGAGGAUGCAACCGAUGCAUCAUUGAUAUAUAGGAUGAGGCGAGAAUGACAUCAGAGGAUUUUCAACCAUCCUCUGUACAUCUGUUCUUAGUAUUGGACCUG